AUGGGGAACAACAGCAGCAGCCGCAGCAGCUCGCUGUCGCACACCGCCGUCGGUGGCAGCAGCAACCGUCAGCGCAGUUUCGACUCACAGGUGAGGGAGAGGCCGGCGUUGAGGUCUCUAUCCUCAGGUAAAAAUGCAUCAGCCGUAACGAGUGCUGCUGCGGCGAGUUCUCGCGUCACGGCUUCUCCUCCCUUGACAGGUAAUGCUUUGCCAACGCGCAGGCAGCGCAGAGACGCCGCGGCAGAGGCCAUGACGGCGUCGGCCGGGACGCAGGACAAUCACCUCGUCAGCCCCGUCUCCUCAGCGCGCCGGCACGGGUUGCACUCUCUCUCAUCGCUGCCGCCCAAGAGUGUCGAGCCUUUACCGGCGCGUGCGACUGCGGCUGCCAUCACGGCGUCUCUGCACUUCUUGGACGGAACGGGACCCCCAUUAAGAGACUCGCGAGAAAGGGAAAGGUCAUGUGAUGCAGAGUUGUCGCCGCCGCAGCGCCACCAGCAGCAGCAGCAGCAGAACAAUGACUUCGACUUCGCUGUGAUCGACACCCCAAACUCUUGUCAAGGCCAUGGGGACGACGAAAACGCCAACGGUGGCGCUGCCCGCAGUGGGUCGGUGGUGAGUGUGCAUCGCGCACGCUCGUCUUCGAUGCUACAGGCGGCAACCGAUUCUGCUGUACCACUACCGCUCACAACUCUGCUGAGUCUGGAAGAUGCCCACCCCGCCCCCACCAACGUAAGCACGGCGCCGGCUCCAGCCGACGGUCACACGCGGGGGACCGUGUCCAUGAGACGCGAGGGCGGCACAGAGGUCGACAUGCACGAGCACAACACUAACUCCUCGAAAGUCUGCCGCGCUGUUUCGCCGUCAGCUUUGAUCCCGAAGGGUAGCGAGCCGCUUGAGUCACCGGCCUUCCCAUGCCCACCGUCGACGGCGGCGUCACCGCUGCCUGUGGGUCAGGCAGCCCUCUCCACCAACGUGCCGUGUCAUCCGUCGACGACGACGAGGAGCACCACCACGCCUCAGCGGCCAGACGAACCUCUCAACGUGGACGUCGAGGGCAUCGUUAACCGCGGCAGCCGCACCAGUAAGUCUGACCUCAAGUCCAGGCCUGAGGGCACAGGCGACGGCCGCAGUGGAGGCGGCGGCACCGGCGGCUUCUGGCGUAGGCAGUCACGCAAUAUCUUAUUUCGCAAACUCCUCUCUCGGUCUGGCUCUCGCGCAGAUCGGUCGUCGUUGCCGCCUCGCCCCGAGGCGGGCGAAGACGGAGGCGGCGCCGGAGGCACCAAAGUGAAGUUCACUGCUGGGGAAGAUUCGGUUUACCGCAGAGACAUCGCGGCAAAGAUUGUGUACAAGCGCACCUCGCCUGCGCAGCGUGUCCAUGACGUGCCGUCGACUGCGUCUGCAGCGUUGGGUACACAGCCAAGAUCUUCAGCAUCGUCGCCCUUCCCCGCCGGGGCCGCCGCGGCGACGGCAACUGGGCUUGCUGUGUCGAGGUCAUCAAGCUCUUCGAUGACGGCACAGAGGGUUUACGAGUUUCAGUCCCCGGCUGCCGGGGGGCGUCCAGUUGGGCGUACAACGGUCACCCCGACGGUGGACGAUGUGCGCAGCUUCACCAGCGGCUCGACGAGCCCUCGCUGUGCUGAAGACGUGUCGGGACCGGGGCCGGGUGAGGAGGAGGGCGGCGAAGCACUGCCGCGAGGUUUUCCAGCUUCCAAAGGAGGACCGCACUCUCGCCAGCUGGUACCAGGAGAACAAGUGGCGGCCCAGGACAGCGAUGAGAGCGACUUGACGACGCCGACAGACACCAACUCGGCGCCGAUUCUGCCGCCACCGCCGACGGCCUCUUUCGCGGAAGCGGUGUGGGGCACACGACGAGCCGCCGCGUCGGCAAUCCCUAAGACGGCCACCAACAACACAAGCCUCUUCUCCGUCGAUGACCACGCUAAUGGCCGCGACAGCGAUGGCGUCGCCGCUGCCGCAUUGCCGUUGUCGGUAUACUACUCGUUUCACCAGCAACCGCGGCAACUGAAGGCUCCCGGCGUCCUUGGUGCCGGCUUAUCAUCCACCACCACUGUGACGGACACAACGGCACGAGUGUCGCCACCGUCGCCUUUCGUUUCACCUCUUACAGCCGUCGCAGUGGCAGAGAGCAGCGGUUCAGCUGCCGUGGCGGCGUUUCCGUCUUCGGCAGCCACGGCUGAUGCGUGUUUGAGAGGCCGCCGCUCGGUGAGCCAGUCCGCUAUCAUCGCGGCGUGGAAUCGAAUGGGCGCCCGCACAGGGACCUCUGUGAGUGGCGUUGGCGUGGGCGAAGGCCAUCACGGCUGGGGUGAGGGUCCCGAGCCAUCGGCAGAGGGGCUGCAGAUGUUGUCCACGCCGGGAAAGUCACUUGCCGUUGCCGGCGAUAGUAUUGGUGGCGGUGCUGAGUUGGCAACCUCAGCAGUACCUGCGAGCAGGGACACUCAGCUCGGUCGGGUGCCGACUGCCGCGGCAGCUGAGGUUGCAAUAGGCGAAGCACCGGCUUUCCGCCUUCAAUGCACCGUCGCUGGCCAUCAGGAAGCAGGCAACUGCGGCUCUUCACGCCGCUCUUGCGCCGGCGUCGCUUCCGUGCUGCCGAUUCGGCGCCGCUCCGUCGCAGCACGUCAGCGGGGACCACCACCGCUCUUUUCGCCUUCGCUAGAGAACAGCACGCCCAGCGAUGGCGUUCCACAGCCGCUCUCUGCCCUCGGCCAGCUCUCCAUCCGUGAAGACGCACCCGCGGCGGGCCAUCCUGCAUCACCGCCCGUGCCCACAAAGACCGAGAAUGACAUCACUCAUAGUUGGGCAUCAGCACCACCACAGGAGCUACACCGGCCGCCAAGGGUGCGAAUAAAGUACAAGGAGGAGGAGCGCUCCGCGGACAGGGCACCGCCUCUCACGCGUGAGCUCUCUGCCAGUUUGUGCACCUCCACCGCAGCUUCAACCGCCAUCGCGACGCAGUGGCCGUCGUCACCGGAGAGCCGGCGGAGCGACGCCAGCCUAUCGAUGACGCAGUCGCUACAGGCGGGGAUCCUUGUCCCGGUAAACGUGGGGGAUAGAAGAAGUGGCGGGGCCUUGGUGGAGGAGCGGGAGCGUCUGUCGGUGCGCCGCACGAUGGCAUACGACGAGGAAAUGGGGUCCGCAACAGCCACGACCGUCGGCGCGGAUGAGGAGGAUCGAGUUAACGAGGAGGAUGGUGCGGCGGAAAGGCGCGCUGCACCACGAACUCCUCAGUCGCUCGCUCAGCACCAACUCCAGCGGCAGCCAUUCGAGGCACACCCGCACCGGACAUCCGCCCCUGGGUUCACAACAACGCACACUACCGUGGCUGCCAACAGUACUGCACCUGGCCUGCUGUCGGCUCAUAGCAACGACCCGCAUCACUACUCUCCGCCGCAACGCAUGGCGAGCGGCACCUUCUUUGCACCGAGUACGAGCGGGGCAGCUCUGUGUGGUGCCAUUUCGUGGGCGCACAGCAGCCCUUCCUCGCAGCGAUCGUACAACACGAGCGACUCGCGUCUGGAGGCGGCGAGAGGCGCACAGAACGUAGAGGACGAGGACGAAAGCAUCGACGAGGUCGGCCUGAGGCGCACGCGAGAUGGCGAGGAUGCGCACUGUCGGUUGCACAGGUCUGAGGAUGAUCAUGCGAAGUGCUUCGUCGGGCUCCAUGUCACCCCUUUCAGCCGAAACUGCUCGCCUCCUUCAGUAUUUGCUUCUCGAAGCAACUCCAUCGGCUUCAACGCCAUGGCCACCGCUACUCGCGGCGGCGGCGGCAAAAGGCGGGCGACCCUGGUGCGCAGCAACAGCUACCAGCCGCUGUCUCGGUGCUCGCAGCAAGAGCCGACGCGCAAUACGUCGCUCUUGUCCUCGACGGCACGGGCUAUGCCGCGGUGGAGAGAGCGGUUGACACCGUCACCGCAGCCGACCUCGCCGCUUUCUUUGAGUGUCGCCCGGGAUGACGUCGGCCGCACCGCCAGUGGUCUCCUGUCAACCCCGGGGGGUCGGCGGGGGCUGACCUCGCAGGGAGCGCCUUCACUUGCACACCAGCCAAGUGCGCAUCUCCAUCAUCCACCGCCCCCUCCGAACUCGGCGUUGCCGUCGCACGGUGCACAAUAUCUUCGGCGCGAGAUCUCUGGCAGCCUAGGCAGCGUGCGGUGGCAGGAGCUGAGUCUGCACGCCAGUGGUGGGCAAACGUCGCCGAACUUCGACUUCGCUGGGAGCAGCAGAGACAACGACAACACGCCGCCGCGCUACGAUGCUCUGGGCGACGACGAGGAGGAUCUCGACGCCAUGGUAAACGAGGAUAACGCCGAGGGCGGCAACGACGAUGGUCCACAGCGGCGCCAAGGCUGCCCGGCCAGUGACGCUGUCGGCGAAGAUACGGGAGACGACGGUGAUGACACCUUUCCCUCCUUGGAAAGCAGCGAGGCGUCGAUGUGGGGCACGGGGACGUUGCGGACAUGGCAUCGUGACGACGACGAUGGCAGUGAGGAGGAGGACAACGUCUAUAUCACCGAGAGCGGAGCAGGGAGCUGCAGCAACGGUGAGGUGCGCAGUGGCGAUAGGCAUUGUCUGCGGUUGCCGCAGCGUCACCGCUGGCGCCGGUAUAUGAUUCCGCCUUCGGCGAGCACGCAGUUCCCCACGCAGCAGCCGCAGGAGUCGUACGACGUUGGCGGCGCAUCUCGCAAGCUCGAUCCCUCGACGCCGUCCGCGCAGGGCAUCCCGCCGUCUCGCACCGGGCCGCGGACUUUCGCCGACGCCGUCGUCCGCCUCCCACAGACCCGCUACGAGCCGCCGAUGCCGUCGAAUAGAAACACCUUCACAGCUUUCGUGCACUUGUCGGACAUCGCCUCCUCGCAGCUGCUCGCCACGGCAGCGGCGGCGGCGACGGAGGACGACGGUGGCGCUGUUCGCCGAGCGGGGCCCCACGUGCCCACGCUAGCCACCGCCGACACGCUCAUCCUGAACGCCUACGCCUUGCGAGGUGCGCACCUCGCCGACGGCGCUGGUGUCAGGGCAGACGUCGUGGAUGUGGCGGGCGGCGUGGUGCCUAUCAGCCCAGUCAACUCUUCCUUGAGCACCGCCCCGACGGACCGCAUCUCGCGAGCCGACACGCCUGCGCCGGUGGCAGUCCACGGCGCGGUGACCAGGCGAACCUCGCAAGGUGCAGAGGCCGAGGCGGCGAGCACGAGGUCUGAGUCGCCCGGCGCGCUCUCCCGCGGUGCACCGCCCAAGGUAAGCGUCACAAAGGCACCGCAGGGCCUGAACCACGCUGCUACCGCCGUCGCCGCCGCGGCGGUCGGCUUGGAUGGGAGCAAUGGUGGGCUUGAUGGUGACAGCGGUGCAGGCAGCGACAGCUUGUCAGUGGCAGCUGCGCAGGCGGGAGCCACGUCGCCGCGAACAUCGUGGAGCCUGGAGUCGAUGAAAGCCGGUGCCGUCCCCGUGUCUGAGGGGGAGCAACAUGCGCUGUCGGACGAGGAGAGGCUGUGGCUGGACGCCUUUGGGCACUCGACACCUUUGCUCCACGGCGUGGCCGACGCGGCGGUUGCAGUGGACGGUCACUUACCGCAGUCGGCUCCGCUUUCCGGAUCGCAGUCGUUGCCGUGGUGGAAUCGCCACCGCGGCACCACUCGAUCGGAGGGCAGUGGCACGCUGGACUUCAGCCAGCGUGGAGGCGAGAGUGGCAACGGCGGCGGCCGACACUCGCCCUACAGCUCACUCUCCGUCAACAGCGCUCUUGCUGCCGUGCGGGGCGGUUGCGCCGCAUCCCCGGCAUCUCCGCCAACCCCCACCGGCUCCGUGGCCAUGACUGGGUUGCCUCUGGGUCACACACUGCAUCCGGGCGGCGGCGCAGUGACGUCGGCUUCGUUCACGAGGAGUGGUGGCAGGCUGCGACGUGAGGCGCAGUAUCCCACGACACCUACAAAUGGCUGCCGCUCGAGUACCUUCAGAAGCAGUAGCGGCAGCACGAGCAGCGGCAGCGGCGGCACCAACAGCAACGGGGGAGAUGCAGCCCACUGUGCUGCUGCUGGCGCUGCAUUACGUCAUAGGCCGAAUGCCGAGGUGCUCGUCAUGCAAGGGCGCUCAUGCGACGUGAGCGACAUCCGCAGCGAGAAGAGGGUGGCAGGGAAGGAGGGCAUCGAGGGCGGCGCUGCACUUGUGGAAAAGUGCACCAGUCACGACCACGAAGGUGACAACGCCGGCCUGAGGGAUGUGUGCAUGCCGACACGGAAGCGGCAUCCGUGGAUGCCUGUCUUCCCCAGCUCUCCUCGCAGCGUGACGACGGCAUUGGCAGCCGGAACGGCGUGCGCAGAGUCCGACAGCAGCGGCGUGCUAGCCAUGACGACGCCGACCCACGCGAUGGCCACCAUCACAGUGGUGCCGCCCACGCUGUCCUUUAUAGAGGAGGCGGAGGUGCAAUCCCCAUGUAGUGCAUCGCCACUUGCCCCCGCCAUUGCCGCCGCAUCCGGUGGACCGUAUCGUGGCGAAGGAGAGUUGACAUCCUCCGACAACGAGGCGCUGGACGAGGGAGUUGACAGUGACGAGGGAUGGGAGGUGGACGUUCCCAUCCUUCUGUCGCGUGGCGUGCAGGCGCAUCACAGCCGCAGACCCAGCGGUGUUAGCAACACCAUCGCCGCUCCCACAAACACCGCGCUAACCGCUGCGCUGGACGGUUUGGGGGAGACUGAGACGUAUGCUCGCACCCGCAUCGAGGUGGGCGCCGCUGAUGCGCGGGAUGCGGGGGUGUCGGUGCGGGAUACGCUCCAAACGCAGCACUCGUCCGCCACGGCCCCGUUUGCGUUGCCCUCUCUCCUCUCUGGAAUGGGCAUGAUGGAGAGCUGGGCUUCUGACGCCAUGGACAGCGCUGCCGGGGGAGCCGGUCCGGACUCUGGCAGCUGCAGUGGCGCAGGCACCGGUACCACUUGUGUUGCAGGUGGAGGUAGAGAUGUGACCUCAGUGCCGACCGCCCGUACGACCGCGACCUUUCUCGCCGUGUUGACUUCGCGGGAGUCGUGCGACAGCUUGGUGUCGCCGUCGCAGACGCCCGAACUACCGCUUAUGCCGCGGCACAGCGGCAACGCAACUGGCGGCAACGGCGGCACUGGCUCCGGCCCAGGUUCUCGUCUCACGGAUGAGCGCGUCUCUGGUGUGGAGGCGGCGGACUCGAGCGCACUCACCGGUGCACAUGAUGCGGAGGACGGGGACGCUCAUGACAGACGUGUUGCCACCCACGCAGACGCCGGCUUGGAGGCGGAGGACGAGCUGCCGCACCCACCACUUGCCACGAAGCUCAAAGGCUCCCACUCGAUGGCAUCGCCUCCUGGCGCAUUGCACCGCUGUGUCGACAUCCGCUCCGCGGGUUCAGCUGUGGGAGCGGACCAGCGCGAUACUAGCCUUGGCGGGCAGAUAACCCUCACGGUGCCACAAUACUCGCCUGAGCCAUCCCAGCCGACAGCGUCUUGCCCAGGGAGCCCUCCAGGGUCACCAGACCACGUGUCUGCCCGCUCGCCGCUGCUCCUGGACGAAGAGGCUUCUGUAGGCACGUGCGCAGCAAGCCGAGCUCAGACGCGUCCCGACCAUCACUACGGGCUUGUAUUGUCACCCUCGCCGCAUCACGAAGGCUUGACUCCACACGUGCGCUCCCAGUCGCGCUCGCAGCGCCAGCACCGCGGCCCCAGUGUCGGUCAGGUUGUGUGCCACUGGUGUGGGGAACCGUAUACAAGCGCCGAUGUAUGCCUUGCCGCACGGCGACCGCACAGCGUGCUCCGCGAGGAGCGGCGCAUAGAGAAGGCGGCGAAGCGCAGGGCACAGACACUCUUGCGCGAGGGUCGAGUCACAGAGGCGGUGACGCUGCUGAAGAGCGCAGGUGUAUACGUGCCAUGA